UUCGUCUUCAUCCAUUCACCGUUACUGAGCCUAUCAGCCAUCAAUCAAUGGAGUUCUUUAACACCCUCUUAAUGAGUUCGUUUCAACUCCCUCUUUUUCGCCUUCUUUAUAUACUCUUUCCCCUUUCCUGUCUACAAACCAAAACCCUAGAUUCUCCUAAAAUUAAGCUAAAGCCAUGGCAAUGAAACCAAACGGCAAGUCCCAUGUAUCCUCCGCCAAAGAUCACGAAGUUAUGUUCUUCGAAGAUAUCUCACUAGGUCCCCAAGAAACCCAGUUAUGCUACACUCUGAUCCACUUCUUAGAGGCUCGAAACCUAUUGAAAAAACACUUAUUGGUCUGGAAAUGCUCCUCAUAGAUGAACAGGAAACUGUUAUUCAAGGAUUCAUUCCAUCAGGAGGUGUUAAAAAAUAUUUGCCUGACAUGAAACAAGAAUCAGUUUACAGUCUCGGAUCCAAAAACAAAUCGGUGUAUCGGGUUGCUGAUCAUAGCGUAACCGUUUCUUUCUCAUGGAGCUCUAUCAUUUCGGUUCUUAAGUACAGUACCAUCCCCUUCAGAGAGGACAAUUUCUGGUUUCAUUCAUAUCAGGAAUUUAAAGCUAACUGUGAUCUCCAAAGUGACCUUUACGAUGUUGUUGGCCACAUGAAGCUGGUCAAUGGAUAGACUCUCAUUGAGCAAAUAGCAACCACGCGACACCUUUUGGUUCAUGUUGAAUCACAUGAGUAUGUGUUUUCUUAUUUUAAAGUCACCACCUCUUGGUACUUCUCUUAACCCGUCAGUAUUUAAUCUUUUGCAGGGGACCUGUGAUAAAGCUCUACUUUUGGGACCAAACUGCAACCGACUUCUGCAAGAAGUUCAAAUCUAUGAAAACACUCCCACCGUCAAAAUUUGCAUGAUUGAGACGAUCCCUUGCCCUCUUCUUAGAAUGCUUCUUCGGCGUUAUUUGUAAACUGGUAUCACAUAUCCCUUCUGCAAUGAAACUUCUCUUUAUAAAAGAACAGGUCUGAAUAAAAAUGAGCAAUUUCUAUUCGUCCAUGCUGCUUGCAAGUUUAUCUCUUGACUCAACUUAUUUUGUACAGUUAUAUACAAUUAUCUCCAUUUCUAAAUCAGUAAAUGUAUACAGGAUGAUGAGUUAAUCAAAGAACAUCACAACAAAAACCUAAUUACA